ACAACAACACCAGAGUACGAGUGUGAUACCAACGAUGAUGACGUCUAUGUGUGGUGGUGGUUAUUCUGUUCUGUCGAUUUGAAAAUUAUGAUUUAGUUUGUUCUGUUGUUGAACCGAUCGGAAAGUGUGAGCACACAUUAUACUGUGACGCUUGAAACGCGAUUCACUUGUAUGGAAACAAACGUGUGAAAACAGUGAAACACAUUCGUAACAUAUUCGAUAAAAUUUAUUUCUAAAUCGAACCAAAAAAAAAAAAACGCAGAAAAUUCCUCCCGGAAUUGUGGAAACGAAACAAAAAACGGUAUUGAACAAACUACGGUACGCACAUUUUUAUGUAAGAAAAGAACACCAACUUCAUCGGGAUUGAUGUGUGUGCCGUGGAUGUGGAAGGUUGCUUUAGACAAGUAGUUGCCAGCAUUAAAAGUUAAAUCACAGAGAAAGAGAAUGAAACAGAGACGGAGAGAAAAGAAAUAAUAACAUUUAAAAAAAGGACAAAAAGCAUUUUUCGGCACAAAGAAACCAUAUCAAGUACAUUGAACAUAAAAACUGUAUGCAAUAUAUAACAGUGUUAUAGUUAAUUGAAGCUUCUAAAGGCCAUUUGUUUCAAGUGAGAGUGAGUGAGUGAAUGAGCAUGUUCGAUGAAUCCACGAGGCUAGCAGAGUGUUAAUAAUCGAAUUUAGUCCGAAAUAUAUACGGUGUGAAAUAAUCGACAUUUAUUGGUGGUUUAUCGUAUUUACAAUAUAGCAGCCGAAGAGAUUUACUCAGGAAAAGAGAAAAAGAGAGAGAGAGGGCGAAUAAAAAAACGCUUUAAAUAUACAGUACGCGAUCUGUGUGUACUGUACGGUAUCAGAAUUUGAAGAAGACGUUUAUUGUUUCCGCGUACGUGUUAUUCUUGCUCAUCGGUAUAAAAUAAAAUCAGCGUAAAACUGUAGCUGGGCCAUGGAUCAUCUAAUAACGGACCGCGUAUCACCUGAAUGUUGUUGUCGGGAGAGAUAUUAAUUCGUUCACCGUUGAGUGUGGCUGUAUUGCCUCAUUCACCCUCAUUGAUCGAAUUUUGCAAAGCAAUGGCAACUCUCGCUACACUCGCCAAUCAACAGAAUAUUGACGAUGAUGACAUAUAUUUAGAAAAUGGUUUAUUGAGUUAUGAAAAUCCGAAUUAUCACAUGGAUCCGCAGCGCAUAGAAAGCAAUUCACAUUUAUAUGAAGAGAUAUUAUCCGAGCUUCAACAACAGAAUACAAUUCGAACAACAACGGGAAAAUCGCAUAUUGUUAGCAAUCGUAAAGACUACGCACGUCUUGAUAUUGGCUCAAUGGGUGUCGAUUUAAAGGAACAUUUUCACAGCACGCCCGAAAAGGAGAGCAUUUUAGAUGCUCAAUCACCUUCGGAGCUGAAACGAAAAUCGGAUCAGGUGCCAGAGAAACAUGAUCUAAAGUCGAACGCGGAUAGCAACUUAUUGUCGGACGACAAUAAUCCGCAUGCAAAGAUAAAACAUGUUUCGGGUGAUUUGAAUGCAGAUGAUUUAUAUGCAUUGCCAAAUAAGCAGCGAUCAACAGUUAAAUCAUUGGCUGGCAACGUCGGCGGUGGUGGUGGCAGUAUCAUCGAUAAAAAUGAUAGCAAAGUUUAUGAAGUAACAUCGGAUGAGGAUGAUAAAGAUGAAUGCGAUAAUAAACACGCAAGUGAAUCGAUCGAAGACAAAGAUGAAAACAAAGAUUUACCAUUCGGUUGGGAAAAGCAUGAAGACAGUGAUGGACCAUAUUAUUGGCAUAUAAAAUCCGGUACAAUACAACGCGAACCGCCGCUAUUUCCCAAAGAGAAUCCAACGGCAACAUCACAAACUGACAUAAAAACACCAUUGUCCGGCUUGAAUCAGUCACCAUCACUGAUGCACAUGCAACAAGCCACAUCAUCGUUGGCAACAAAAUUCAAUCCACAUUCACAAUACCACAACACUGGCAUGGGAUUUAAUGCACGAACACAGGAAACACAAAGCUUAUCAGUCACACGAAGUAACACAAGCUCUGCAUUAGAUUUGGAUGAUGAGCGACGCCGAAGAGAAGACUUAGUUUUAAAACGAAGGAGUUAUCCAUUGAAAUCAGAUUCGGAUCGUCCAAUACGAUUUGCCGUUCGAUCAUUGGGUUGGGUUGAAAUAGCCGAAGAAGAUUUAACACCAGAGCGUUCAUCAAAGGCCGUUAAUAAAUGUAUUGUUGAUUUGUCACUCGGACGCAACGAUUUACUUGAUGUUGUCGGACGAUGGGGAGAUGGUAAAGACUUAUUCAUGGAUUUAGAUGAAGGUGCUUUAAAACUAAUAGAUCCUGAAAAUUUGACAAUACUCAAUACACAACCGAUUCACACGAUUCGAGUGUGGGGUGUUGGACGCGACAAUGGACGUGAAAGGGAUUUCGCAUAUGUGGCUCGAGAUCGUCUAACACGGAUUCAUAUGUGUCAUGUAUUUCGUUGUGAUACGGCUGCUAGAACCAUUGCAAACACAUUACGUGAUAUCUGCAAGCGAAUAAUGAUUGAGCGAUCGUUGCAAAUAGACUCGAAUAGCAGUAGCAUGCAUGCAAACGAAUCACGCUGCGCUACACGACCUACCGAUUUACCAACGGAGAAUCGACGCUGGGCUAGACAUGCGCAAUCGUUUCCAACGCCAAUGGAAGAACCGAAAAAAGUGUUGAAAGCACAGUAUUUGGGCUCAAUGGAGGUAAGCCAACCGACUGGCAUGGAUAUCCUGAAUUCAGCCAUUGAAACCACAUUGAAUGAAACAAAAGCGGAACUAUGGGAAAAUGUAAAUGUCGCCGUAGCACCGAGCAUGAUUAGCAUAAAUAGCUCCGAGGACGAUAGAUUAAUAGCGGAAUGUCGAGUACGCUAUUUGAGUUUUCUAGGCAUUGGAAAAAAUGUAAAAAAUUGUGCAUUCAUUAUGCACACGGCACAAGAUAGAUUCGUAUGCCAUGUAUUCAUGUGCGAACCAUCGAGCGGUGCAUUGUGCAAAACAAUUGAAGCAGCGUGCAAAUUACGCUAUCAGAAGUGCUUGGAUGCUCAUCCCGAAAGUCGACUGUCAAGCGAUUCGACAACACCAAACAAAGGUAUCGGAGCGACAAUUAAAAAUCUCAUGAAUACAUUAUCAUUGAAUAAGAAAGAUCGCACUAAUUCCUCCUGAGAACGAGCCAAAUCUCUGCAGGAGUUGUGGCCACUGCCAGCAGAGAGAGAAGUUAUACCUCAUCGUCAUCUUCAAUCACCACUAACAAAUAAACGAAUAUUUGAUUAUCGUAGCCCUUAACUAACGGUGAUCUACGAAUAAAAUGUGCUCACCGACAAAAAGACAACCAAUGCCAUGCUAUUCAACUAGAAUAAAUUGCUUCAACUUUUCACUAAAUAAGAAUGCAUCGACAGAAACAAUUCGAUAUGUUGGGAUAUAUGAUGACAAAACCAUUCUUAAUUGGAGUCAGACAUUUUAUUGCUACGAGAAAAAAAGAAACCAUACAUCUAACAACAUUUUACCCAAUAAGUCAAAGAGAGAAGAAAACAAGGAGAGAGAAAAAUAACAAAUAUCAAUAUGUUAUAUGAAAGAGAAAAAAAAACAAAAAAAAAUUUAAACUAUUUAAAUGUGCUUAGCGAUGAUUAGGUGUACAUAAAAAAUCUAUAGCGAAAAAUUUAAACAGAUUUUAUUUUAAUACAUAUUUGAAAUGAAAAAAAAAAUGAAUUCGAUUUUUUGCGCUCAUCCAAUAUAGAGAUGAAAAUUACACACAUACACAUACACAAAACCACAGUGAAAACCAAAGAAUAUUAUAUGUAAUUGAAAACAGAACAAAAAUAUACCAAAGUCAACACAAAAAUAUAUAUACACAGACAAAACUCACAAUUGAUAUUCGAAACAAAAAAAAAAUUGAGAAAAAAAAAUUGUUGCUAUCGACGCUUUUGCAAACUAGGCUUAAAUUAGUGCAUCGUUGUUUUGUUCAUUAAAAAACACAGACACACUCAAAACACUUGAACAUAAUCGUAUUCAAUAAGAAACAAGAUGAAUAAAAAAAAUCAUUUAUGAAAAAUGUCUGUAAAACCAAAAAAAAAAAACAAAAAUGCAAAGCUUAUUAACAUUCACUCAAUCUCGCGCGAAAAUUGUUCUUUCAAGCAAAUUAGCAACACUUACCAUAGAACAUCAAUGGAUUAAAUAAACAACCACACGCACUCCUUCAUGACUCCAAAUUUCAUAAUGAGACUUUUAUUUGGUAGAGUUCUUUUUAUAAUUCAAUUAACACUUGAUAUUCUCUUAAGUCUUAGUUUCAAUUUUUUUAAAUGAAUUUUAUUUUUCGUUUUGCAUUUACUUCAAAUGUUUAUGCGCUACAUAUCAUACACCACAAUCAUAAAGUAUUUCAUUUUACACCCCAUUCAUCGUGUUCAUUUUAAUGUAAAUCUUUUGGCAAAUUUGAAUUCUAUUCAAAUUUUCGGUUCAAAAUGAAUGUUCAAAUGUUAGAAAUUUCGAAAGCUCUUUCGUUUUUACGACGAAUUUUAUUGAGCUAAUUUUCUUUACGAAGAAAAAUAUCAUUCUUUUCAUAGAGAAUAAAUGAAUACUCAUCAUACAAGGCUUUGACGUUUUUUUUAGAUACAAUUUAGUUUAGUUUAGUCUUUUUUUUUAAAUCAAUAAUUAGUUUUGUUUUAUUACCGAACUGAGUUUGAUUGGAAGAGAGUAGAGUUUAAAAGAAAAAUGUACGAACGUUAAAAGGUGCUAUGAAAAAAUUGUGUUCAAAACAAAUGUGGUGUUCCUUUGAAUUAGCCCCAAAAUAAUAAUAAUAAUGACAGAAAUAGCUAAAAGGGAAACAACAUGAAACAACAAAAUGUUUGAAAGACAAAUUAUUGCAUUAAUACGUAUGAAUGCACACUAAGCACAUUGAUGGGGGCCAGUAAUAGUGUACUCUUAUUACCUUAAUUUAUGUUAAGAAACAUGGUAUAUGUCAGUGUAAAGAGGAAACAAUAUUAUUUUAAAUGGAAGAAGAAAAAAAGAUUGUACAAAAUUGCAUAUGAAUGGUAGAUAUAGUUGCCCCGUUAGAAAUGUUUAACAGCCACCAGAUAUUUACCAAAAGAAAGCUGUUUUUACAUAACACAAUUUGCGUUGAAUGAGGUACUAUUGCAAAAACCAUGUAAUAAACAAGACAUUUGCAGAAUUUAGACCUUAGAGUCUCAGUCAACAUAAAUGUGGAACGAAACAAAAUUAAAGACGUUCAAUUUACUCUUUCUCUCUCUAACACAUUACACCCACACAAAAAACACACAUACAGCUUAAUAAAUAUAUUGCAAUCAUAAGCUAAGAAAAUAGCCAUCGAUAUAAUGCAGAAUGAAUACUACGUAUUUACAACAGCAAAACAAAUGUGUAUUAAUAUAUAUCUCAUCUUUAAAAUAAAUGAAAAAUUACUUUUUCCAUUCAAUCAUUCAUUCGUGCGAUGCUUAUAACAAAUUAUUAAGAGAAAAAUAAAUCAAAUUCCAAAUGCUGUGUUACAUUAAAUUCCACCAAAUCAACAAUAAAUAACAAAAAAAUCUAUUCCUUAUGAAAUUGGCUUGCGAUUGUUAUUCUAAAAUGGAUAUUUUUGCAAAUGGUGAAAAUUGUCCAGCUCUAGUCACACAGUGUUAUUUUUGUUCGCAUACAAACGCCUUCUUCUUCACAUAUUAGAUGAUAAGAUUAAAUCAAUUUCAUACGAACCAACAAUUUUGAACAAUUAUCUAAUAUUCAAACGGGAGCCAGCAAUUGCUUUUCAGAGUAUAUCUAUACAUACACCAAAAUCGUUCGUUCGCCAUCAGGGUGCAUGCUUAAUGAAACAAACAACAACAAACAUAGUAUAUUAUAUACAUGUAUUUAGGCAUUUAAAUUAAAUUAUAAUGAGAAUAACAAAGAUGAAACAGAUUACGUAAACAAAAAAAUUACACUUUAAGCUAAAGCACACAGACAAAAACAAGAAAAAAAUGCGAUUUAAAUUUAACAACAAACAAAAAUUAUAUAUAUAUAUUAUGAAUUACAGUAUGUGUAUCUUAAACAAAAAAAAAAUAAAGCUGCGAUGCUUACACAAUGCUUAAAAGCCUUUUUUGACAAAUUAUAUUGAUGAAAUGAUACACACACUCGCAACAAAUCCGAACAAAACAAUAACAACAACAAAAUGAUUAAGAGAAAGAAAACAACUAAAUAAUAUUAGUGCUUAGUUUUAAAUAAAGAAAAGUGAGAAAAAUCGGCAAAAAUGAUGCGCAGUUCAAAAUAAACGUUUUUUUUUUUUUGUUUGAAUUAUCAAUUUUUAGACCAGAAAAAUCUUUAUUUUUCGCUGAUUUUCAUGUGUUUUUAUUGACGAAGAGCGUUGAAUUAUUAGAUAUGAAUAGCCGCAAUGCUUUAAUGCGCUCUUCGCGAUUCCCAUUUGUUGUUUAUGUUUUUUCACGUCUUUUUUGUUUAUUUUAUAGGAACAGAACGUAAUAGAUUCUUUUUUAAAUUAAAUAUUAUAGUAGUAAAUUAUAACAAUUCGCAAUGGCAACGGGUUGCAAAGAGCUUAUAAUAUGAUAUGAUAUAACUUGGAACAGGAGUUUAUUGUGCAAAUAUAAUUGUUCCCCUCCUCCUCCGGUUUUUUUUAUUGCAAAACACAUACAUCACAAAUCUCUCAUUUCAAAUAAAUUUAGAAAAUACGAUAGAAUGCGCGCCAGUUACAAAAAAAACCAAAACAAAUAUGAAUUUUAAACAAAAGAAAAUGAACAACCAAAACAAAUCUAGUCUUAUCUCACGUUGUAAUUUCGUGAAAUAUCAAAUUCGUUACAUCAAUACAUUAACGAAAAAAAAAAACUGUUUAACUAUAUCCCUCCAUAGCAAACAACAUAUUUAGAGAAAAAACAAUGAAACAAAAAAUCGUAAAAAGAGCUAUAGGCUUAGUCUGUCUAAUUCAGUCUCUUUUUCGAGGAAAAUGUGUUAAUUAAGCAAAAUUUUCUCUGUUCAGUCCUUCUUCAGUUUUCUUUUUUGUUUUCAUUUUGUUUAAAAAUAAUGGGUUUUUUUGCGAAUCGCAUUGAAAAUUCAAAACGCUAAAAAAGAGUUUAAAAAAAUCGUGAAAAUACAAAACGAAUAAAAAACGCAACUAAAAAUAUAUUUAUAUAUAUCGAAUAUUUUUGUAUUAUGUUCGCAGCAAUUAUACAAAUGCUAUAGAUAACAAAAAAAAAACAUAAACAAA